AUGGCCAUUCACUAUGUUGAGCAGGAUGGCUCUGAGCCUAGUACUCAGGGAUCUCACACCCCAGAGCCUACCGUCCAAGAAGAUGAUGCUCACGAACAUACGGCUUCGGAAACCAGUGACCCUGAGUCUAGUAGCUCGGACCCUAGCACUCCAGAACAAACUGCUGAGCCAGCCAAGCCCAAAUACUCUCCUCGUGCAGACCGACUGAACCAAAAGCCAACCAAGGGAAAUGCACAGGGACUUUUCCUUCCCAGUUGUUGUGUGUUUGUGGGGAAUCUAUCUGUUAGAAUGUCUAUGCAGCGGUUGGAGGAUGAUCUUACUGCGCUGAUCUCUGUGUUUGGACGAUGCCAUGUUAAAAUCAAAAUAGCGAACGACCGAAAACUCCCCGUUGGGUUUGUACAGUUCGAAGAUCUUAAAUCAGCAACAUCAGCAUUGAAGCAGAACGGACAAUUGGUCCUUCAUAAUCGGGUGUUGAGGUUGGAAUUGUCCAACUGCAAACGAACUGCCUUCUUCGGCCACAUUUCUGACUCUCCGGUUACUCGAGACGAAGUCCUCUCUGUUCUCAAGGUACAUGGUGCUCUCGAGAAUAUAACCAUCAAGCCCUUUGUCCACUGGGAGGGCUUCCGCUCUACCUUUGGCAUUGUUACUUUCGCAUACCCCGACGAUUACGCAGAUGCCCUUCAGUAUUUUCAAAACAACCGCAGAUACUAUUUGAUCAGAGCCAAUAUGGACAAGGACGGUCAGCUUCCCCAGGAGGGCCAGCUUCCUCAGGACUACCCUGCUCCAGGACAUAGGCCUUCCAACCAACCUCCCCCAGCCCGCGGCAAUCAGCAGCGAUACAACGGCCGUAGAGGCUAUCAUCGUCCUUGGUACAGUGGCAGCAAUAGCAGCAGAGGCGGGUUUCGCAAUGGCCCUGGGGGUCCCCCGAGACAAAACCCAUCAUUUUCCAGCAAUAACCAAAAUCCACCUUUCAACAAUCAGGGUAAUCCACCUCACGGGUCUUUCUCUCAGAAUUACCCCGGCAACAAUUUCCCUCAGGGCUACAACAACCAGUUCAAUCAAGGCUAUCCCAACCCCAUGUUCAAUCAAACUUACCCUAACAACUUCCCCCAGACCCUUCAGGGCAACAACUUCCAACCAGGCUAUCCCAAUCCAAGCUUCGUAGCUCCAGGUGCUUUCCCCAACCCUAUGGUGUUCAACCAAAUUCCAAUGGCUGACGGCCCACCCCCACCGUAUCCUACGGAGUACACAGCUAUGCCAAACCCCGGGUUCCCUAUCUAUCAACCAUUCCAGCCACCCAACCCUCUCCCACCUAUCGUGACCCAAGCUCAGGCUGUCCCGCCUCCAGUUACCCACCGCCGACGCCUGCCACCUCGUCCCGACUGUCCUUUGAUUGUCUCCAGUCAGCCCCAGUUUGACACCGAAGAACACUUGCGACUCUACUAUGAGCCCUACCCUGCCAACGAAGUCUUCCAGGGUAUGCAGCCAGCUUGGGUUGGUUAUCCGGGUGGUGAUUACAUGCAGCAAGGCUAUACUCAACCCUACUCGCCUGGUGCUGGUGAUUAUCGUAGCCGGCACUCGAGUAUGGAAAGUCAUCAGAACCCCAAUUCACCUCCCAGAGUCGGUGCAUCUGAGACAACCCUGACACAGACGAAGAUCGUCAGCGAUGGGACUGAGAGAGGACGCCAACUGACCCGACCGUGCCAUGCUAACACCGAUGGGGCCUCUGACAUGGCUCCCGUGGCUGAUCCUACUCAGACGCAGACCGACCCGGUCUCUACGCAAGCUUCGAGUGGUUUGAAGGAAGAAGUCCAGACAACAGAUGCAGCUGAGCUUACUGAAACUCAAAUCGAGCCCGCCGCUCCUGUGGAUGACUCUCAAUCACAGAAGCAUCAGAAUGAGCCUGAAAAUGAACCCAACGAGCUUCAAACUACCCUUAUCUGCACUGCACCACCUGAACAAAAGGAUGAAAACUCGAAUGAAGAAGCCAAGCAACCAUUGCAGAUUGAUCCCAAGCACGAAGAAAGCACUGGGUCCUCUUCUGAAGCCGGCCCCAAGACACCAGAUACCGAUGAGUCGCGGGAACGCGCCAGUCUUCAGACACCAGCCCCAGCCGAGUCUUCGAAGCCAGCCGAAACCGAGGCCAUCGACACAGCCGUGACUAUCAAACCAAUGGAGAAGGAAACUCCCCUUAAAGGAAGCCCCGAGGCUCCGGCCACACCAAGUACUUCCUCAACUCUCAAGCCAAUUGAGAAGGACACCCCAGACAAAGCCAAAGGCAAAGCCCCGACCACGCCCACCCCAACCAAGACCGGCACUCAGAGACUCGAGCCCGCAGUGCCAGACGACAAACAUCUAUUGGCUCGCCAUACUUUCCAGCACCGCAAGCCUCUCAAGAAAAAGUACCAACCAAAGACCGCCACUGGUAAGACAGUUGAACAAUACACACGCGAGAUCAAUUCGCAGCGUGCCGCGGAUGAUCCCGACUCGCGUGUCCCAGAACAUCUUCUACAAGAGGUUAUACAGGAGCUAGAGAACGAGCGCAGAGAGAAUGCUCGCAAGAGCCGAGGACUCGGCCCCAGUGAUAAGAGCAGCACCGCCAGUGGUGCUUCGAAGAAAUAA